GGCGCUCUCUCACUGCCGCUGAAGGAUGUUGCUAACUUUCUGCUGGUUGCUCUUCCCCCUGGUUGCUUCCAUCCAUCCAGAAUGUAAAAUAUUUCAACAGGUUGUGAAAGAUGAGGCUCAAUGUUUGGAUAAAAAUGAAUCUGCCAUGGUGGAUUUUCAAGGAUGCGCAGGGAUUUGGGACGGACUGAGUUGCUGGCCAAAAGCCACGUUUGGCGAGGUGGUGACGCUCCCGUGCCCAGGAUUUUUUGAAGAAAUCACCAACAUACAUGGGUUCCUGCACAGAAAUUGCACACCAGGCCUUUACUGGUCAGACCCAUUCCCACCGUAUUCAGUUGCCUGUGGGUUUGAAGACAGUUUAACUAAAGGACCAGAAGAUCAGAAAUCAUACUAUUCAGCAUUCUGGCACAUCUACACCGCGGGCUAUGCGACAUCUCUGGCAUCGCUCAUUACAGCACUCCUAAUCUUCUCCUUCUUCCGGAAGUUUCACUGUACACGGAAUUACAUCCACAUGCAUUUGUUUAUCUCGUUCAUCCUGCGGGCGGCUGCCGUUUUCACCAAAGAUGCCAUCUUGUUCUCAGAUGACAGCAUGGACCACUGCUUGAUGUCAACAGUGACGUGCAAGGCUGCGGUGGCCUUCUUCCAGUUCAGCAUUUUAGCCAACUUCUUCUGGCUGCUGGUGGAGGGCAUGUACCUGCAAACCUUGCUGGUGCUGACCUUUGUACCUGACAAACAGUACGCUUGGAGGUUCAUCCUGAUCGGCUGGGGAGCACCAGCGACUGUAACAUUGACGUGGGUCCUGACCAGGCUGUACAAGCAGAAUACUGGAUGCUGGGAUGAUGAUGAAGAGAACUCUGUGAUGCCGUGGAUCAUCAAGGGACCCAUCCUGUUAACUGUCUUAAUGAACUUCAUUAUUCUUUUAAACGUCAUCCGGAUUUUGGUGCAGAAAUUGCAAUCUUCGGAGACCAGAGGAAGGCAUACAAGGCAUUUUGUGCGACUGGCUAAAUCCACUUUACUCCUCAUCCCUCUCUUUGGGGCUCACUACGUCAUCUUUGCCUUGUUCCCUGAAAGCGUUGGGAUGGUGGCCAGGUUGUACAUUGAGCUGGGCCUGGGCUCUUUCCAGGGCUUCGUUGUUGCUCUCCUGUACUGCUUCUUAAAUGGAGAGGUUCAGGCCGAAUUCAAGAAACGCCUUCACAAAUGGCACUACCAACGUUACCUCAGCUUCACACGGCAGCAUGGGACCCUCUCCAGAGAGAACAGCCCUGUUACUUACGUCACACAGUUAUCCCUGCUGGACAGAAUCAGCCCCCAAAGGAGCAUUCCUCAGAACGGCCUGUCCACGGUCUGAAAUGAUGAACCACCACCUGACUUCCAGGGAUGCUGGG